AAUUGCUCAGCAACCUCUAUCAGUGGACGAUACCACUGAAGCGUUUCUGUUCGUGUUUUGCUUACUGUUUUUGGAUGUUUGGUUAUCUACAAUAUAUUUUAUAUAUUCAAUACUAGACUUUUUGUGGCAUAAAAUCUUUUUAACUGCUAUUUGCAAAGUAAUAAAGAACCGCUAGUCCUGCGAUGUAAUAAAUAAUGCAUCCUCAUAAACCUCAGUCACAGCUCUGAACAUUUAUAUGUAAUUCAUAUUACUUACCAUUAUUAGUAUUCUCUCAGAUAAGUUCCAUGGGCUAUUUUCCUAGGUUCAUUUACUGUAAAUAACUAAUUAGAAAAUGUCACGUAAUGAGUGUCCCCAGCUCUUCGAAAGAUCUGUCGUAGUGAUCAUUGCUCGACUAUUGGUUGGUAGUUGUCUAGGAUUAUUUGGAAGUUUCUGUUCAGGGUGCUCUGGGAUCCGCGCCUUUUAUUAUUAAGUCUCAAAUUCUAGACAAUAAUUAGAUAAAUAUUAGUACACCAAUCACACGCAAAUGAUUGAGUAUUUAAAAGUCAAAGUCGAUUCAUUACACCCUCCCAAAACUAAUCUAACUCUACAAUCGCAAUUUACAAUAUCUUUGUGACUAAAUAAGGUUACUCGGACCAAGACUAUAAGAAUUAUCUCUGCACAAACUGCAUCUCGGUAUUCCUAAUUCCGUUUUGUCGUGGGUAAAAUACAAGCGGCCGGUAUAGUUGUUAUUGUCGUAGAGUAGCUCUUGACAAUCAACUUCGAGUUGAGUGUUACGGCGGUUUAAGUCCAAUAGGCCUUUGUCUGUUUGCUUUGCCCCCAAAUGCCAUGGUACGGCCGAGAGUGGGGAGAGUCCUCUAUCACAUGGCCACGCGAAUAUAUAGCCUCUGCCAGGGAAGUCCUACUCACUGCCUUCACGUGGCGGAGGUGUUGUUUACAAAAGUGAAAGGACGAAAAGCGAAUGUCCGGCGCUUUAACCGGGUUGGUGGACACGAAAGUUCACCUAGGGGAGUUGGAAAAUCCUGAUUCCAAGCCAAUGGUGCACUUGGGCUCCAGUAUCCUGAUGUAACAAACGGCGUAUGAACCAAUCGUUGGUCACCGACUACCAUGGGACUGCAUCUCCUCACGAUGCUCCACUACCUUGUGGACUAGACCUUCAGGUCAAAGGCUCGGAGUGUGGCCCCUUAAGAAAACCACCUGCUUCGGUUUGGGCACCCGGGCAGUAUCACAGCCCUCACACAAAUCAAAUGAGAUUUGUGAGGCGCAUAUUUAUCUGGUGCUUUUUUGUACCAAUAUUUAUGUGUUUAAAUAAAUAAAACUUACCAUGUCCUUUAGCAUAUGGUCAUCAAGCCACCACUCAAGCACCUACCUCAGCAUAUUAAUCAAGUCGUUUAGACCCAAAUGCACUGGUACGGCCGAGGGUGGGGAGGAUCCGCUCUCAUUUAAGAAAUACUCUCUUAUGGCCACGCGUACACAGCCACUGUCAAGGGAGUCCUACUCACCACCUUUUCGCAGUGGGGGUGUUGUUCACGAAAUCGAAAGGACGAGGAGCGAAUGUCCGGCGCUUGAACCGAAGCGGUGGAUACGGAAAAUCCACCUAGGGGAGUUGGAAAACUCUGAUUCCAAAGCAAUGGUGCCCGUGGGCUCCAGGAUCCUGAAGGAACGAAUGGCGUGUGGACCUGUUGUUGCCACCGGCUACUAUGGGACUGCAUCUCCUAAAGUUGCUCCACUAUCUUGUGGAUUAAAUAUCUAGGUCGAUGGCUUGGGGUGUGGCCUCCUUAAAAAACCAUCUGCUUUUGUUUGGCACCCGGGCAGUAUUCCAGCCCUGACACAAAUCGAAUGACGAAUUGUGGCGCACAUACAUUUGGUGCAUCCUUGUAUCUAUGUUUAUGUUGAAAUAAAUAAUUAGCAAGUUACAUACAUCAGUUUUCAGUAGUAAGGAUUGAAGGUCAACCGACCUUCCUUAAUCAUUGCAAUUUAUGCUACUGUGGAGAUUCAAUGUUUUUGAAAGCAUCGACAGAAGGUGGUGAUAGAGAAUUUCAGUCAUUCACUACUCUGCGCGAGAACUAAAACUCUAGACGUAAACUAUUUGAUCUCAGCUUUUUGAACUUUGUUAGAAUGUCCUCUCAGAUGAUUGGUCUUAGAUGGAAAGAAAAGGUAAAACAUAAUACCAAGAUUAUCGUGCAGUGUACGGUAGGCCAGUAUUAAUUCACCUCAUAACCUGUGGUAAGAUAACAGAAAUAGGUUGAGGCGUCUCAGUUUGUCUUCGUAAGAUAGGCCAGAGAGACCCUAAAUUCUGAUACCUUAGGUAUUAUAAGGAAAAUAAACGAGUGUGACCAUAUUGCUAUUGAAAACACGAAUAGACUCCAUAACUCUUGAGUAAAUUGACGCUUAGCGUAGUUAGAUGUAAAUCACUAUUACCGGACAGACUUCGCCACGAAUAAGUGCUGUUUCAUAGGAACUUAGACAUUAUGUUCUGGUGCUGAGAAUCAUAGGUUUCUCCAGAUAUCUAGGCAUUGUCUGUCAUAAAUAAAUCAGUCAUACAGUAUUCCAUGGAGUUUUUAGUGAGUGGAGAUUUUCUUUGAACUAAGCGACUUCAGUUGCUGUUGGACGUAUAGAGAUGGUUACUAAUUCCUGGUCUCCCACGCCGUAGACCUAAACAAAAGACUGGAUUAUGUUAGUCGUGAGGAACUGGGAAAUUUGGUCGCAGCGCUCAUUCGACACUUUCUUGAGGCUGGUCACAUAGCUUUUGAGUGAGUAGUUUUGGACCUUACUACUGGGGACGGAAAUUUUGGGACAAAGUGGGGUGUAUAAGUUUCUAGACCUACCCCUUCUAAUCCUUUCCCGUUGUGAGAAGGCAGCACUAUUUCAGACUUUUAAUAGAGUUUCAAAUCAGAGCUUCAAACCAUUAAAGUGGUGCUCAAUCAGUUGUAAAUAAAGUAGGAACUGACCCAUCCAUGACAAGGCCUGGUUUUCACAAAAGGCGAAUGAAGGUUUUAGAGCACAGAUAUGUUUAUUGGCGUCCGACAAUGUUAGUUUUUCUUGACCUGAAAGCAGCAUUUGACUCUGUAGAUCGCGAGGUUCUGUAACAGUGUCAUUGAAAGGUGUACCUCAGAAGUACAUAAACCUUGUGAAGGCUCUUUACUCGAACAUCACCAGUCGAGUGAAAGCUUAUGGCGAACUGUCAUAUGAUUUUACAACCUCAAGUGGUGUCCGACAAGGUUGUCCACUAUCCCCAUUUUUGUUUAACUUCAUUAUAGACCUACGACUGAAAAUAACAUUCUCGUCUUCCGAAUAUUUGGGCAUUGGUCUCCUUCCAGGAGUUCCACUUAUUGACUUAGAAUACACAGAUGACAUAUUCCUGUUUGGUGAAGAGGCUGAUAAAAUGUAGGGUCUUUUGAUAGCACUGAGCAACAAUGCAAGGAUGUUUGGGAUGCGUUUCUUCCCAUCUAAAUGUAAACUGUUACUCCAGGACUGGCCUGCGUCAACACCUGAACUAAGGAUAGGGAGCGAAGUAGUCGAACGCGUCGACAACUUCACUUAUCUUGGAAGUCUAAUCAGCCCUAAUGGGUUAGUGUCUGACGAAAUCUCAGCACGGAUUCAGUAAGCUCAUUUGGCUUUUGCCAACUUACGUCACCUACGGCGAAAACGAGAUAUCUGUCUAUCAAUUAAGGGACGAGUAUACUGCGCAGCAGUCCGUUCUGUUUCACUUUAAGGCUGUGAAACAUGGCUAUUAAGAGUAGAAGAUACUCGUAAGUUACUAGUAUUUGACCACAGAUGCCUUAGAAAUAUUGCUUGCAUCUUCUGGGAUCAUCGGGUAAGUAAUAGUGAGAUUCGACACAGUGUAUUAGGAAAUGAUGGUAAAUCAGUUGAUGAGGUCAUGAAUCUUCAUAGACUGAGAUGGUUAGACCACGUGUUACGUAUGCCUGAACACGACGAGCUAUGCUGACUAGUGUAGGAGAUGGUUGGAAGAGAGUUGAGGGCGGCCAAACCAAAACGUGGCACCAGUGCUUGAAGUCACUAACUUCUAGUCUGAGCCAUGUUGGCAGAUGCAGACUACCUGGUUGGGGUCCGCGUGACUAUCGUAACCAAUGGUUGGCGACUCUAGGUGACAUGGCUCAGAAUCGAUCACAAUAGCGUAGAUGUAUACACUCUUUAUCUUCCCUUAAACCUUAAGAUUAAAAUUGCUUCAUAACGUUCUUCCUUCCGAUACUAUAUCUUUAUAUACAACCUAUCUUUUAUAUACUACCACCACUAAAUUAACUAUUUCUAUGAAUCCGGUGUUCAUCUUGUUGUGCUAACGAGGUAUAGCAAUUUGGACUGAUGCAUAUGUGUGCCUGGUCCUACGUUUUAGCUGACUGACUGAUUGAAUGAAUGAAGAGAUCGAAAAAUGGGUGUCAACGAUAGUGAAGGUCAAACAAGGAUUUAAUCCAAAAUACAAGUUAAAUCAAGUGAUGAACGCCACCACCUUUGAAUCUUGAGAAAAGCUAAAGAAUGAGCACAAAUUUGGGCCGUGUCGUUUAAAAAUUUCAGUCAUAUGUAGGGGUCGCUAAAACGACAUGUCCCAGUCACCGUAGUCAGUGUUUCAAAAUGGUGACACCGACUGGAUUACCGUCACUAUGUCCGAACGCACAUCGCCGGAUUUCAACCUUACUAACAUAAUGUUAGCGCUGGAUAUCAACAUUUUCACAAACAGCGAUGAUCAAACAUGAAAUGUUGUCUAACAUACUCGGAGAGAUCAGGUUCCACAAUUAUAGUGCAGAACUGUUCUUACUGACACGUAAACCGGUCCUGCUACAACCAGGUUAACAUCACGAUGGGACCAAAUAUACCUCAGAUCUUGCUUCUCUUUGUUUCUUCGCAAUGUUGUCUUCUUAUUUGUGUACCGUGUAUAUUUUUAUUACUCGUGUCAGAUUGUAUUUAAAUCAAAUAGAUCAAUAAAAAAUAUCUAAACAAAAGCAGUUUUGGACAAUCUUUCGUAUUUUACUACCAAAGAUACCAUCGUUAAUUAUACCCCACUGAUCUGUAUGUUUUAUAUACUCAUUUUGUUCGGCCUCUUGAUAAUGUUCAGCAUUAUUAUGUAUGCCAUUAGCGCUACUCAUCUGAUUCAUGUGUUGUGGAGCGUAAUAUCGCCUAACACAUUCUUUGAUUGGUUACCACAAAUUUCUGACUUUAAAGGAACCAUUACACAAUAUAUUCCUUAUAACAAGUUUUAUCAUUGCAUUAGCAUCUUCACCUCUAAACCUUGGAAACUAACCUGGGAAGUAUUCUUCUGGACAUAAGCGUGGUAAAUCACAUAACCGGUUCGUUUUUGUGAAUAAUAUCACGCCCAGUCACACUGAUAUGUGAUACCAUGGCUUUAUCAUAUCCUAUUUCUAUAUUCUUUCUAACGACGAUUCCGAAAUCUUUGCUAUGAUUGAUAAGAUUUUCACUAAUGAUUAGUUCGGAUUUGGUAUUAACCAAGUAAGCGAUUACUGUUGUAUUCGUACACGGGAUCCAAUUCUUACAUUGUUUGUGGGCAACUGACUUCAGUUCUUUAUUGAUCUAAAACCGUGGUAAGGGUCAAUAUGAUAAACUUAAGUAGCGUUCUAUGUUAUCAACUUAUAUGUUAAUUUGCCCAGUCGUUUCCACUAGCUUAAAAGACUUUUUGUCAGUGAAGUUUCCUGUCAAAUCUUCCCAUUUAUCCUUGUCUCUUUAUUUCCUACUCAGCUCUUGUGCCAUGCGUUAGGCCGAGAUAUUAAAAAAUAAACAUAACGUUUGCAGUUAUGAACUCGCGUUUUAUCCAUCCAGAUAGUGAAGAAAGACUUGGCUUUGACUUGUCAGAAGAAGUACCUGAACCCAACGAGGACGGGGGUUGUGGUAGCUCUAUUCUACAGUUUCCGAUUUCUGAUUCUUUUCAUUCUGUUGAACAACAACGCCAACAACUUCCUGUUUUCACCAAAAGAAGUCAAUUUUUAUAUCUCCUUGAAAACUCCAGAGUUUUAGUCGUUACUGGAGAAACUGGGAGCGGGAAGUCUACACAACUUCCUCAGUAUGUUUAUGAAGCUGGUUGGUUGGACUCAAAAUCCAGUAAUUUUAAUCCAUUCGGAGUCACCAUGGCUGUGACACAGCCAAGGCGUGUAGCUGCAUUAAGUUUGGCUACACGUGUAGCUGAAGAGAAAAAUUGGCGAAUCGGUAAACAAGUUGGAUAUAUCAUACGUUUUGAAGAAUGUUGGACACCAAAUUCAACUGUCAUCUCAUAUCUUACCGAAGGUAUGAUGAUACAGGAACUGUUGCGUGAUCCUCUUCUAACUCGUUUCCGUGUAAUCAUGUUAGAUGAAGUUCAUGAAAGAUCUUUGCAAACAGAUAUUUUGUUGGGUCUUAUUAAGAAAGUAUUACGUAAACGGCCAAUUGACUUGCGAGUUAUAAUCUCUUCUGCUACAUUGGAAGCUGAAAAGUUUAUAGAAUAUUUUUCAAAAAUGAAGAUACCUGAAGUGGAAACCCAAAAACAAGGGCUAAAAUUAACUCCUGUUUCACAUUUAAAUGUGGAAGGACGUCAAUAUACUGUGUCUAUAUUUUACUCACUUGAUCCCGUUCCUUGUUAUAUAUCUGCAGCUAAAGAGACUGUUUUUCGGAUACAUGAGACAAAACCAUUGGGUGGUGACAUACUUAUCUUUGUUACAGGUCAGAAUGAAGUUUCCCAACUGGUUAGCAAUCUAAUUGAAGAAUAUCGGAACCGCAAGGAGCGUUUCUUAAAUACUCAACAACAAAGUUCCAAAACAAAGUUACCUACUACUUACCCACCUUUACGUUGCUUACAGCUUCAUGGUUCCCUUCCUCAGCAUGAACAGCUUCGUAUUUUUGAACGACCAACUCGGUCUUGUCGUAAAGUUAUCGUGGCCACUAAUGUUGCGGAAGCGUCAGUUACAAUUCCUGGGAUUUCUUAUGUGAUUGAUUGUGGCUUUUCAAGAAUUCGAGCUUAUAAUCCUGUUAAUGGGCUUGAAGCUUUAGUUACUAUACCUAUAUCUCAAGCUUCAGCACGCCAGCGUGCUGGUCGAGCCGGCCGUACAAGAACUGGACAGGCUUACCGGCUUUAUACUGAAGAGGCAUAUAAUAAACUCUUGCCACGUUUUACAUUACCAGAGUCUUUACGUGUCGAUUUAUCUGGUGCUUUGUUACGCUUAAAAACGCUUGGUAUCGAUCGUUUAGCUCAGUUUGAUUGGCUCGAUCCACCACCUGCAUCACAUGUAGGUCAGUCUGCUGAACGACUUGUGGCUUUAGGUGCUCUCGAUGCUAGUUCUGGUCAUCUUACAAUUCCUCGUGGUUUAAAAUUAGCAGAAGUGUCUACAACAUGUGGUUUAGAUCAACCUUCAACUGCAGCUGCAUUAUUAGGUGCUUGUGAUGAAGGAUGUUCUCAGGAGAUUGCUGCCAUUGUAUCAUUAAUGCAAAUUCAACGAAUAUUUACGGUUUCCGAUUACAAACACACAAGUGAUCGUAUUCGUAGGCAGACUUUCGGCUGUCAGCAAGGUGAUCAUUUAACAGAGCUAAAUGCAUUUGUUGCUUAUGAGAACCAAUCAAAACUAUUAUCAAAGUCGGAACUUCGAACAUGGUGUCGAGAAGUAGGUUUAAAUGAACGUGGGCUAGCUCAUGCAGUUAUACUACGUGAUCGAAUUGGCUCCAUGUUUCAUCGUUUAAAAUUGCCGUGGGUAAAAGCAGAGCCUGAGGGAAAUCCUAAUCCAGUUCUACGGGCGAUUGUUCGCGGAUUCUUUCAUCAAGCUGCUCGUCUCGCUUCAUCUGGUUCACAUUAUUUAACUAUAAGAGGAGAUCAUCAAUUACGUUUACAUCCUAACUGUAUUUUAUACUCGUCUACAACACGUUGGCCCGCUUAUAUCUUAUUUACAAAUGUAUUUCUCACACCUAGUUUGGAUUACAGUAAUGAUACUAAAUCAAAUAUUAACAAUAAUAAGAAUGACUUGUCAAGUACGUGUAUCAGUGGUGUCAGUGUUAUACAACCAGAUUGGUUGCUGGAAUUAGCUCCACAUUAUUAUCAAUUUGGUACAGAUAGAGAACAUUUAGAACAUUCUUUAGGAAUAAAAAAAUGAUGAAUAUACUAGCCAAACCAACUAGUUAUAUAUAUAAUUUCUUUCUGUAUAAUAAAAUGUAGCCUUCAUAUUUGAAAGAAACAGUCAAUUUUUGUUAAAAUUACAAGUGAUCGAUGGUUAUUAACAUGUGUGUAAAUAUAUUUGGUUGCAUUUCCCUGUAUUCUACUAAAUUAUUCUGUACAAAUCCAAUCUUGAGAUGUUUUAUAUUAAAUAAAUCUUUAACGGUUUGUUAUGAUUUCAUUAUCUUUCAUUUGAGUUAAGCUAGAUUUAUUCGGCGUGUGUAGAAGUAAAUAUAUUGUUUUUUUGUGUUCAAUCAUUUUCUCAAUACAUAACGCGUAAUUUAUGAUGCUUUAGGACAUCAGAAACACUCUAUACAAAGUAAAAUGAUAGUAUUUUUAAGAAUUUGAAAAAGAAAAGGUUGUAUAAUUUUUAGGUCAAUUAACUUUUUAAUAAAAGGUAUUGUAUUGUUGAUAAUAUAACCAAGACAUAUUUAUUCUUGUUUCUGAUGAAAAUAAUCGGAAACUAUUC